AUGUUACAAACUUAUUUUGAUGAUAUGACGCAGCUUCAAAUCAACAACAAUAAUGACAAUGAAGAUUAUCAUAUGAUUUAUAAUUUUAAUAAAAGUUUUAGCAAUAUAAAAGAGAAUAAAGGUGUUUUAAUAAUUAACAAUACAGAACCUUGGAAUAACAAGAAAAAAUACAAGAGAAUUUCUGUAUUUCUAAAUGACGAGAGAACAACUCAACUUAUCAUCGGAAGAACGACAAUUCAGGUUUGGCAAAUAAAAAUCACAAAAGCAAAGGAAACAAAAAAAAGAGUAUUGAAAUAUAUUUGGACAUCACUUGGAGGAUUUGACAUGGAAUCAAUUUCAAUUGGCAAAAAUAAAUUUUCUUUGAAAAUCUCGUUAUGUUCACUCAACUCACCGACCAAUACUAGUCAGCAUCUUAUUUAUUAUCCAAACAAUCCAAACACAAUAAAAGAUGCUUGCGAAGCACUUGAGUUUCUUUAUACUCAUAGAAAUCUAUGCAUUGGCCCAAAGAAUCAUCAAAGAUUUGAAGAUAUAUUCUAUAAUACUGAAAAACUUGCUUAUAGAUGUUUCAAAAAAUCACCAAGUUUAUGGAGGCUGAAUGAUAUUCGUCAUGAUAUCAUGGCUAAUUUGAUUAGAGGUCAUAAUAAUUCUUUGAUCAAGAAAAUCUUAUUCAAUGAUAAUGAUUUGGAUUAUAAUAAGCCAGCCUUAAAACAUAAUAAAUACUAUUUGCAUACACCACGUUUAUAUGGAUGGCAAAAACAGAGAAAAACCACUGAUUUGGAAUUAGCAAUUAAUGAUUCUAAAGAUGCAUCAGAUUUUCUUGAUAACCGCAUACUGGAAAGUCGUGCUGAAGGAAUUAAUGAAGGGACUACAAAAUUUGCAGCAG